GGGCAGUGGCUGGAGCCGGGGCGGGGCCGUGAGGCAGGCGGGGCGGCAGCCGGGGGGCGCAGCUAGAGAGCCCCUGAGCCACGGCGGGAGAGGAGCGCGCAGCCUCGGGGAGUUCAGCCCAGCAGCAGCCAUGGCGGUGGAAGGAGGAAUGAAAUGUGUCAAGUUCUUGCUCUACGUUCUUCUGCUGGCCUUUUGCGCCUGUGCAAUAGGAUUGAUUGCUGUGGGUGUAGCUGUCCAGCUUGUCCUGAGACAGACCAUAACCCAAGAGGUUACUUUUGGCUCCCUGGUGCCUGUGCUCAUCAUUGUAGUGGGUGCCUUCCUCUUCCUGGUGGCCUUUGUGGGCUGCUGUGGAGCCUGCAAGGAGAACUACUGUCUUAUGGUCACGUUUGCUAUUUUCCUGUCUCUUAUCAUGCUUGUGGAGGUGGCUGCGGCUAUUGCUGGCUAUAUGUUUAGAGAGAAGGUGGUAACAGAGUUUGAUAAGAGCUUCAGGCAUCGGAUGAAUAAUUACUAUAAAGACAACACCACGACUUUGAUCCUGGACAGGAUGCAGGAAGAUUUUAAGUGCUGCGGGGCUGGUAACUACUCAGAUUGGGAGAAUGUCCCUGGCAUAGCCAAGAACCAAGUCCCUGACUCCUGCUGCAUCAAAGUCACUAGGGGCUGUGGAACUGAUUUCAAGGUGGAGGCGAUCAAUCAGAAGGGCUGUGUAGAGACUAUGGGGGCCUGGCUGAGGAAGAAUGUGCUGCUGGUGGCUGCAGUAGCUCUGGGUAUUGCUUUUGUAGAGAUCCUGGGAAUUGUCUUUGCCUGCUGCCUUGUGAAGAGUAUCCGAAGUGGCUAUGAAGUGAUGUAGGAAGUCUGGUCUCUUUGGUCUCUUCGUUAGGGGAGUGGAGUAAUAUCCUCCAGGUUUUUCAAUUAAACGGAUUAUUUUUUCAGACCAAAAAGAGAGAUAGUCUCAGUUUG